CUUCCGGGCGGGUGCUCGCCAGCGCGGCCUGCGCCGCUCCCCGCCUCCGGCCCCUUUGUGUCCCCGCGGUGCCGAGGCGCGGGCCCCGGCACGUCCUUCCCGCAGGCAGGCAGCGCCGUCGUGCAGGCGCCGCUCGCCGUGGGCGGGCGCGCGGCUCGCAGGGGGGUGCGAGGGGGACGUGCCCGCGCGCGCUGGGCUGGUUCCUUUCAGACUCCCAGUCCCACAAGGUGGGGGCGGCCACCAGGAUGAAUCUUUUCAACCUGGACCGUUUUCGUUUUGAAAAAAGGAAUAAGAUUGAGGAAGCGCCCGAGGCAACACCCCCACCCUCCCAGCCUGGCCCUUCCUCGCCCAUUUCCCUUAGCGCCGAGGAGGAGAACGCCGAGGGGGAGGUGAGCAGGGCAGGCAGCCCUGACUCCGAUGUCACUGAGAAAACAGAGAAAGUGGGACAGAGAGAGAGAAACAUCGAUGUAAGAGAGACACAUCAACUGGUUGCCUUCUGCACAUGUACCCAUAACCCAGAAGAUUCUAGUGUUCCAGAAACUACAGUAAAUGAAAGAAAACCAAGUAUAUCAUGUUUGAAGAACCAAGGAGGAAUACAGUAUAUUGAUUUGUCUUCUGACAGUGAAGAUGUUGUUUCUCCAAAUUGCUCCAAUACAGUUCAAGAGACAAAAUUCAACAAAGACACAGUGAUUAUAGUUUCUGAGCCAUCUGAAGAUGAAGAGUCCCAAAGCCUUCCUGCCAUGACAGGUAGAAAUAAUGCUAUUUCAGAACUGGAAGACCUUUCGGAAUUGGAAGACCUUAAAGAUGCUAAACUUCAGACCUUGAAGGAACUGUUCCCACAAAGAAGUGACAGUGAUUUACUUAAGUUGAUUGAAUCAACCAGCACAAUGGAUGGAGCAAUUGCUGCUGCCUUGCUGAUGUUUGGUGAUGCAGGUGGUGGACCCAGGAAAAGAAAGUUAUCUUCUUCUUCAGACACAAAUGAGGAAGAUGAAUUUAAUGAUGAUCAACCCAUAAAAAAGAAGAGACUGGAUCAUAGAGGAAGGGAGAGGGAUAGAGAGCCAGAAACAUCGAUGAGAGAGAAACAUCCAUCAGCCGCCUCCUGCACACUCCUCACUGGGGAUGUGCCCGCAACCAAGGGAGAGGAAUCAAAUGAGUCUGCAGAAUCUAGCAAUAUUUGGGAAAAGCAGGAAAGUAUUGUAUUGAAAUUGCAAAAGGAAUUUCCCCAUUUGGGUAGAAAGGAACUAAGGGAUGUACUCAAGGAACAUGAAUGGAUGUACACAGAAGCCUUAGAAUCUUUAAAAGUGUUUGCAGAAGAUCAAGAAUAUGCUUCACAAAGUGAGUUUCCAAAUGGAAAAGAAGUUUCUUCAAGAAGUCAAAAUUAUCCUAAAAGUAUAGCUAAAGCAAAACUAAAACAGAAAUAUGCCAUGAAAGCACAAAAUGGUUUUAACAAGAAACGUAAAAAAAAUGUAUUUAAUCCGAAGAGAGUUACUGAAGACUCUGAAUAUGAUUCAGGUUCUGAGGCAGGUAGUUCACUAGAUGAGGACUAUAGUAGUGGUGAAGAAGUGAUGGAGGAUGGCUAUAAAGGUAAAAUUCUUCACUUCCUUCAAGAUGCUUCAGUUGCUGAACUUACUUUGAUUCCUCAGUGUUCUCAGAAAAAGGCUCAGAAGAUAACAGAACUCCGGCCCUUUAAUAGUUGGGAAGCUCUGUUCACAAAGCUGUCCAAAACUAAUGGCUUAUCAGAAGAUUUGAUAUGGCACUGUAAAACAUUGAUCCAAGAAAGAGAUGUAGUUAUAAGACUUAUGAACAAAUGUGAAGAUAUUUCAAAUAAAUUGACGAAACAAGUUACCAUGCUCACUGGAAAUGGAGGUGGAUGGAACAUAGAACAACCCUCUAUUUUGAAUCAAAGUUUAUCACUCAAGCCCUAUCAGAAGGUUGGUUUGAAUUGGUUGGCAUUGGUACAUAAACAUGGACUCAAUGGCAUUUUGGCAGAUGAAAUGGGCCUAGGAAAAACUAUUCAAGCCAUUGCAUUCCUGGCAUACCUCUAUCAGGAGGGUAAUAAAGGUCCUCAUUUGAUCGUUGUUCCUGCGUCAACUAUAGAUAACUGGUUAAGGGAAGUUAAUUUAUGGUGCCCCACUUUGAAGGUGCUCUGCUACUAUGGUUCUCAAGAAGAACGUAAACAGAUAAGAUAUAACAUUCAUAGUAAAUAUGAAGAAUACAAUGUAAUUGUGACCACGUAUAAUUGUGCAAUCAGUAGUUCUGAUGACCGUGGUCUCUUUCGACGAUUAAAACUUAAUUACGCAAUUUUUGAUGAGGGCCAUAUGCUGAAGAAUAUGGGCUCUAUUCGCUACCAGCACCUUAUGACAAUUAAUGCAAAUAACCGUUUGCUGCUCACAGGCACACCUGUUCAGAAUAAUCUAUUAGAACUCAUGUCGCUGUUGAAUUUUGUUAUGCCACACAUGUUUAGUAGUAGCACAAGUGAAAUACGAAGAAUGUUUUCUUCUAAGACAAAAUCAGCAGAUGAGCAAAGUAUAUAUGAAAAGGAGAGAAUAGCACAUGCAAAACAAAUUAUAAAACCAUUUAUUCUCAGAAGAGUAAAAGAUGAGGUUCUCAAGCAGCUCCCCCCCAAGAAGGACCAGAUUGAGUUGUGUCCCAUGUCGGAGAAACAGGAGCAACUCUACCUGGGUCUUUUCAGCAAAUUGAAGAAGUCUAUCAAUAACUUGGAAAAAAACACAGAAAUGUGCAAUGUCAUGAUGCAGUUGAGAAAAAUGGCCAAUCAUCCUCUAUUACAUCGCCAAUAUUACACAGCUGAAAAGCUCAAGGAAAUGUCCCAGCUGAUGCUGAAGGAACCUACACAUUGUGAAGCUAACCCUGACCUGAUCUUUGAAGAUAUGGAAGUUAUGACAGACUUUGAGUUACAUGUUCUUUGUAAACAGUAUCGGCACAUUAAUAACUUCCAGUUAGACAUGGACUUGAUUUUAGAUUCUGGAAAAUUCCGAGUUUUGGCACGCAUUUUGUCGGAACUAAAAGAGAAGGGUGAUAGAGUUGUAUUAUUUAGCCAAUUUACCAUGAUGCUGGAUAUUUUAGAGGCUCUUUUAAAACAUCAUCAGCAUAGGUACCUCAGAUUAGAUGGAAAGACUCAGAUUUCUGAAAGGAUUCAUUUAAUUGAUGAGUAUAAUACCGAUAUGGAUAUCUUCGUGUUUCUGCUGUCAACAAAAGCUGGUGGCUUAGGAAUAAACCUGACUUCAGCAAAUGUUGUUAUACUUCACGAUAUUGACUGUAACCCUUACAAUGAUAAACAAGCAGAGGAUAGAUGCCAUAGGGUAGGCCAGACUAAAGAAGUACUAGUUAUAAAAUUAAUAAGCCAAGGGACGAUUGAAGAAUCCAUGUUAAAAAUUAACCAACAGAAAUUGAAACUAGAGCAAGAUAUGACCACAGUAGAUGAAGGAGACGAAGGGAGCAUGCCAGCAGAUAUAGCCACGUUACUUAAAACAUCAAUGGGCUUGUGAAAUAAGAAUUGUGAAUUCCUGAUUGAUGAGGAAAUAUCAACUUGGUGCACUCAAGGACAUUUACAUUAUGAUGACCAUGGGGUUUAUGAACAUUUGUAACUUUUUAUAAUUUCCAUAUUACAUUUCUCAUAGUAUGGACAACUUUUUUGCCACUAACUGAAUUCUCCCGAAGCUCACAUAUAAAGUUUCAAUAAAAGCCACAAAUAUGUAGUCCUAAAGAUGUUGAAUAAUCAUUUUACAAAACAGUUUUCUGAAUGGGGAUUAGUUGGUGAUUGUUUGUAACAAAUAUGCUAAUGCUUUAGAAAUGUCAGUAUUUUUGUAAUUAUUUCUACCUCCAAAUAUAUAUAUAUUGUCUUUCACUGGAUAAUGUGUGUAGAUUUUUACAUGUGCCUUAUUUGACAAUGCUUAUGUCUCGUUUUUGCUUGUCUCAUUUGAAAUUCUUUUUUAUUACGUUAGGUUUAAAGAAUACAGCUGUAUAGAUUAUAUAGCUUUCAUUUUAUUGCUAUUUGAAGCAGAUGUUCACCACUGUCAACUAGAACUCAACCUGAAUUUAAAGGUGGCAUUCCAUAUACUGACACCCCCAGGUCCUCCCAACUACUUCUGUUAAAACAAGUAUGUUUGGCUAGGCACUAAGUUGUUUUCCAGUGAAUAGUAUCUAAAGAAGCCCUAUCUUGCUCCAUGGAAUAAUUAAUUACUUCUGUUCAUUUCCCAACUGCGUUAAUUGUGCGUAUAUUACUCUGCCCAUUCCUGUGCAUGUUUUCAUUGAUUUCCCUCUCUUGGCUUUUGCUUCUCUUGAAACUGUUGCCCAGUCAUUUCUGCUCCAGUUCUCUUUACUCUCUAAAUAGUAGUUAUUCUGCCAAAUCACACAUCAGCAAAAUGUUGGUGACAUUUUUUUCUAGCCUGGCAGAACAGAUUAACAGGCUAUUUCACUUCAAAGCAGACUGAAUGUGACUUCAUGUUAAGGAAGCAUUAGGUACUGCAUGGAAAUAGGUCAUUAACUUUACAUGCUUAUCAAAAUAUGAUUUACCAGGUUCCAGAAAUUCCAGUACAGGACCUCCUGAAGAGAGAGCCAUUAUUCAAUUCCAAUUCAGUGUGGGUGACAAAGUGAAACUUAGAAGUAAGUUGUCUACUUGAUAUUUAACUCUUUAUUAAGUCUUUCUUUAAAUUUUUGCCUGUCGGUCUAUAUUGCUGUUUUUAUUACACAUCAGUUUCUUUGUAUAACUUGUGAGUUUCAUGUGUUGUUUUUAUUAUGUAAAUACCAUUAUAAAUAAAGUUAUUUAUAAAUCAAA